GUUAGUUGUGUUGUGUUCAAUUGCAUAUCGUAGUCUACGCAAUUAACUGAAUACGACUAAUGGUGUUUGGUCUCGUACAUUCCCUCUAUAAAACUUAGCUUUAGGGAUUUCAUUGGGCCACUACAUAUUUGAAGAACUACUUUUGUGUACAGUCAGAAUGCUGCGUCAUACAUUUGUAUCAAGACCGGUUUUCUCGGGAUUAGCCACGUCGUCUCAUCUGCGAUGUUUCGGUACGCAAACGGUGGCCUACUCGAAACCUCGUACAGCAAUCGUCAUGCUCAAUAUGGGAGGCCCUCAGAAUACCGAUCAGGUUCACGACUAUUUGCACAGGAUUAUGACCGAUAGAGACAUGAUCCAAUUGCCUGUUCAAAGCAAGUUGGGCCCCUGGAUCGCCAAGCGUCGCACUCCGGAGGUACAGAAAAAAUACUCGGAAAUCGGCGGUGGAUCGCCCAUUCUUAAGUGGACCAACCUACAGGGACAACUGUUGUGCCAGCAGUUGGAUCUAGUAUCUCCAGAAACGGCACCUCAUAAACAUUACGUAGCCUUUCGUUAUGUAACGCCGCUAACGGAGGACGCUCUGCAGCAAGUUGAAAAGGAUAAACCCGAACGAGUGGUCCUUUUUUCGCAGUAUCCUCAGUACAGCUGUGCCACUUCAGGAUCCAGCUUCAAUGCAAUCUUUUCGCAUUAUAAAAAUAACAAAAACGCUCUCACCAAUACGAAGUGGAGUAUUAUCGACCGCUGGGGCACGCAUCCAUUGCUAGCAAAGACGUUUGCCGAUAACAUCCGGAAGGAACUUGAUAAAUUCCCGGAAGAAAAACGUAAGGAUGUCAUUUUGCUUUUCUCUGCCCAUUCACUACCACUGAAGGCAGUCAAUCGAGGCGAUUCCUACCCUUCGGAAAUAGGUGCUUCUGUCCAAAAUGUUAUGGAUGAGCUAAAAUACUGCAACCCAUACUGUUUAGUAUGGCAAUCGAAGGUUGGGCCUCUGCCCUGGUUGGAACCGUUUACUGAGGAUGCCAUCAAGGGGUACGUAAAACAAGGUAAGAAAAAUUUUAUCCUGAUUCCGAUUGCUUUCGUCAACGAGCAUAUCGAAACGUUACAUGAAUUGGAUAUUGAGUAUUGCACCGAGUUGGCUCACGAGGUCGGAGCGGAGAAGAUAGGCCGCGCGGCCGCCCCAAAUGAUCAUCCGCUGUUUAUCGAUGCCUUGACUGAUGUCGUGCACAGUCAUUUACAAAACGGUUACAGUGUGAAUCCUAAGUUUCUCCUGCGAUGCCCUGCUUGUGUGAAUGCAAAGUGUUCAACUAGCAAGGAGUGGUUUCGACAAAUGUGUAACUAGAGAUAAUUCUAAGGUUAUAGCUUUCGUUGGGGUGGACAUGGUUCAAUCGAGAGUGUGAUAAAUUUGUGUAGAAAAUA